AUGGGUACUCCAGCAACAGACGCGAGUGAAGCGGAGCAACCAUCGAGCAACAAGGACUCGUCCCCGAUACGUCGACCAAAAAGACCAAGACAACGCCCCUGGCAACUGAAACAGAGUGUGGAACAACAAUCAGCGACGCAGCAUCUGAUGUUGAAAGUACAGAAGUUGCUCAAGAAAUAUGAAAUGCGCCUUUACCAGUUACAGAGGCAAUCUCCAUCCGAGUACGAAUCGCUGUCAUUCCGCAUCCCAGACAAGCGCAUAGAACGACAUGGGAUACGUUUUUGA